GUGUAGUUUCUGUAAUAGUAUUGUGUUUUUUAAUCACAUAUUAAUUGUAAACUUAUUCAACACUUUAAAUGGAUAUUCAAUUGAUUACAUAAUAAUUGUUUAUUUUAGACAACAAUUUAUAUAAUUAUUAAAGCAAUCAUUGAAUGCAAAACAAACUCAACGAUAGUUAGUGUCCGUCAAAAGUGUUGACAACAUAUAAUUGGUGUCAAUAAGAGUUGCGGUGAUAAUCAUCACCCAAUAUGGAUCAGUUCACUCUUCUCAUGCUGUUGUCUUUUUCCAUGCUUUUCGGCAGUUAUUUCUCGGGAACCAUUCCUCUGGUCUUCACAUUCUCCGAGGACAAACUCCGAUUGUUGAGUGUCUUGGGCUCCGGGAUAUUAGUGGGAACCGCUCUCAGCGUUAUUAUUCCCGAAGGGGUCAACACGUUAUACACGUCUUCUCACGAAUUUCAUCAACACUUGAAAUCAAUUUCAUCGACAAAUGAGACGAAGACUGAAGACAAUCCGCAUCAAGUGAUUGGUCUGACUCUAGUCAUAGGAUUUGUAUUAAUGUUAUUAAUCGAUCAGAUUUCUAACCGACACAACACUGCCAGCUAUUCAGUCGCUCUACAAAGUGAUUCUGUCGAAAACGGCGACUCUCUGUCCACUUCUUCACCGAAGCGUUCGUCCAAAAUAACGGCAACCAUUGGUCUUGUGGUGCAUUCUGCCGCGGACGGCAUAGCGUUGGGAGCGGCGGCCACGACAUCGCAUACGGACGUCGAGAUGAUUGUGUUCUUAGCCAUAAUGUUACACAAGGCUCCGGCGGCUUUCGGUUUAGUGACAUUCCUAAUGCAUGAGGGACUCGAGCGGUCGCGACUACGCAAACAUUUAUUGGCAUUCUCUCUGAGCGCACCCAUCGCUGCGUUCAUCACGUUCUUCGGCAUCAGUCAGGGCACCAAAGAAGCCCUUUCUGACUAUAACGCAACCGGUGUGGCGAUGCUGUUCAGCGCCGGAACCUUCCUAUACGUGGCCACAGUUCACGUGUUGCCCGAAAUAACACAACACCAGAACCUGAAGCUCACGGAACUGUUGGCAUUAGUGGGCGGAACGUUCAUACCAUCGCUUCUGACUGUUAAACAUCAUCACUGA